CUUAACGUUGCCCCGUAACAGGAAAAAAAAGUUCACCGGGCAAGCAUGACGGAGGACAAGCAAAGCGCAGGUCCGUCCGCGUCAGCUACAGAGCCCCUAGUGCCAGACGUCCACAAGAAGAUUAAAGCAGCGUUUACAGCGUUUGACUAUGAGUCUAACAACAAAGUGGAUGUCAGGGAGAUUGGCACCAUCAUCUAUUCCCUGGGGUGCUUCCCCACUCAGGCAGACCUUCAUGACAUAAUAGCUGAGGUUGAGGAGGACCACACUGGAUUCAUCCCUGUGGACAAGUUCCUCCCAGUCAUGACCAAAGUGCUGCUGGAGCACAAGUUCCCUCCCAUCCCAGAGGACCUGCUGCUUCAGGCCUUUGAGGUUCUGGACAAAGAAAAUAAAGGGUACCUGGAGCUUGAGGAGCUGACAAAGUACAUGACGCAGGAAGGUGAGCUCUUCACUCAGGAGGAGAAGGAUGAGAUGCUGACGGCACUCGCUGACCAUGAGAAGAACCUCGUCUAUUACAAAGACUUGAUCAGCCAGUUGACCGUUGACCCUGACAUCUAGGCAAUGUCACAGUGUGUCUGCAUAACUGUUGAGAAGUCUGUGUGUGUUUGGCGUUUGUGUUCAUGUCUGCAGGUUAUUAAUGCAGGCUAGUAGUUCUAAUAUGGUAUAAUAAAUAAAUAAAUGUUCGUAUCUCAAUCUUGACCUUGUGUUUACAGAAUUGUCUUUCAGUUCAGAUUAAAUACUAUAAGUGCUCAAACU